UUGACGAGUGCGUUAGGUUCAGGUUCCUUAGAUUUUCUCGGCAUAUCAUACCUUGGAUUUUUAAAAUUUUUCCAGUGAAAUCAAACACACGAUUUUUUUGAAUGGAAAAAGAGUCUUUCGCAUUUCUUUUGCCUCGUUUCUUGACUAUUUUAAUAUAAUUAAAUUUUUGACUCCUCUUCGUCUUCUCCGGAUCAUCUCCCUCCUCAGUUGCCCGCCAUUGCCUGUUGCCCAUAGCAACGGAGAAGAAGGACGCCAUUAAUUUGCAGCUCGACUUCAACUGUGCUACGGGGUCAACGUUUUGCUGUUCGGAACAAAAUUCAAAAAUAAAGAACUUUUGCAAUUUAUUUCGUUUGCAACGUGGAUUCCAUUCCGACUCAGAUUCCAUUUAACAAAUUUUACCGAGUCUUGUUUUUUGUAAAGCAUCUUGCUUACUUAAACACCCUUUUGCAAAGAAAUGUUUGAUUUUCAUCUAACGUACAGAGACAGACUAACUUAAAUCUGCUAAUUAUACAUAGGAAAACAUAUCAUGGCUUUGAUUUUUAUACCAUCUCUACAGCAUAUAGCUGCUGUUAAAGUGGCAUUAGCUGUCUAUAAUGACGACAUUGAACACUUCCUUGACGAAUUUAUUGAGACAGAAGAUAUAUUCAAUUAUGGUAAUUCAUUUCGGAUCAGUGAGUGUCAAACAGCAAAAAUAAAAGAAAGAAAAAAUGAAAUUGGGCAGAAAUUAUCCACGCUCCUUCCAAAACUACUCACAAACCCAGUCGGGAACAUCCUUCAACCAAUAGUUGCUGAAAUCUUUUACUGGGUUCGAGACCAUUAUCAUGUCAUUAAAUACAUUCAUAAGAGGCAUAUCAUGAAUAAUUUACGUUGGAAAUCCGAAGGAACAAUUGACAGAAUAAAAACUUCGAAGCAACUCAUUCGAAACGAAAAUAUCGAUAUCAGAGUGCGUUUUAUUUUUGCCUGCCUUUACUUUUACGAGCAAGAUGUUUUGGAAUUAUGGCAAAGUAUGACAGCGGAAGGAAGGGAAAGCAUUCAUCGCAUCGACUGUAACCUUGCUGUCAGAUUUUGGGUGAAAUGGCUGAGAAAUAGAGCUGUUUCCCCUUGGGCACAAUGGAUUCCAGAUUACUUAAAUUUUCAGUACGGAGAACUAAUAACUUCUGGCUCUAACCACGGAUGUAGACGCAUAAGAAUAAGCUCAUUUUACAUUGAAUUGAGCAGUGUGAAUAAAAAGAAAUUCUUACAUAGUAUGUGGCCUCGCCAUGCACAUAUUGAUGAUUUGCGUAUAUGUUACUAUUUAACUGAUGAGACUGAACGUGACAAGAUCUUUCACAAUCCAGGCUGUGUCUUUGAAUCCAAAACAAAAGACCUCCUCUGUUUCUAUUUGGAUUGGCCGUUUCAAACCAUUUUCCUAGAUGUGGUAAACCAGAUGUGGGACCAUUUAACACCUGACUGUUUUGAACAUCUCUUGCGUUUUAUAGUAUGUCAGAAACUUUUGCAAUCUAUGGAAGAUUUUGAUUACCUGAGUGGUUUUAAGAAAUUGUGGAAUCGGACACCCAAUAGUUACAAAGAACAAAUUCGGAAGAGAAGAGCUUUCCUUGUCUUUAAGGAAGUGCUGAAUUAUGAUGAAAAUACAAGCUAUUUGCCACUUGAGGAAAAACUGCACUUCUGUAAAGAUUUUGUGCACAGACAAUGCAAAAAACGUGACCCUGAAACAGAGUCCAUUCGCUUAAUUUUUUACCUUUCUCUACUUCCAGUUUUUUUUCUCCUUUUCAUGAUGAACCCGAAUUUAUAUUGUUAAUUUUUUAAUUUUUAAUUUUUUGUAGCAUUUUUAUGUUUCAGAUUUAUAUCGCUAUUCCACCUCAAAAGUGUUGUCCUAUUUUAUAAUUUGGAACUAAAACAAUAUCAUUUCAUUGAAUCGUCCGAUUCUAUCUGUAAAAAAUGCUAUAAUUCUUUUUAAAAACCUCUUUGGUUGACUAAUGUCAUCCUCUGAUAAGCAAUUUUCCAAUCCAAUGAUAAGCAUCCUCUUCUAAGCAAUUUUCCAAUCCAAUGAUGAGCAUCCUCAAUAAGCAACCUCUUCUAAGCAAUUUUCCAGUCCAAUGAUGAGCAUCCUCAAUAAGCAACCUCUUCUAAGCAAUUUUCCAAUCCAAUGAUAAGCAUCCUCUUCUAAGCAAUUUUCCAAUCCAAUAAUGAGCAUCCUCUUCUAAGCAAUUUUUAUUCUUUACUAAGUUGAAUGUUCUAUUUCCAAUGCAUUCUUAUAUUUAUUUUUUGUUAUAUUUCUAAUAUUACUUUUUAUGUUUGGCUUGGAUAUUAUUUGUCUCCCA